AUGUUGAAUAUGUCUACGCCGCUGAUCAAAGAUAUCAUGCUGUGCUACGCGUACAUCAUAUCAACUGCAGUCGUACAACAGCUGGCAGCCCUGUGGCCCCAGUCGAGCGAUGUCCCAGCUGCAGAUGGGAACAGCGAGAUCGACCCAAAGGCCCCGCCUGGUGACCGAACAGGCCCUGAUAAAGAAGUUGACAAGAAGAGCCCUGAUAAAGAAAAGGAUAUUGAUAAAAAGAGCCCUGAUAAAGAGAAAGACGUUGACAAGGUGACCCCCAAUAAAGAUAUUGACAAGAAUGGUCCUGAUAAAGAAAAAGACGUUGAUCAAAAUACACAGAAACCAAAGGCUACCUUCAAUGACAAUAAGGUGAUUCUUCUGGAUGACAACCUAAAGGAUCCAGUCUCUGAUAAGAAGUUAAAAAGGAAAAUGAGAAAGAAGAUAAAGGCUAAGGCAGCUAAGGAAGCAGCACGUGCAAUCAGACAGGCAAAGAAGAGAGCAAAUAAGGACAAUAAAACAGCAGCGAUGUUCAUGUGCUCCUGGGAUGCUCAAAAUAUGAAGAUUGAGGCUUCACCAUACGUCUUCUGGAAUGGAAAUGCGCCUAUUACAAAGGCAGCACCUGAUUUGAGCAAAGAGGAAAUAGAACGUAUCAGCGAAGAUACAAGCGAAGCACUAAAGAAGUUGAUAUCACUGUCAGGUGAAAAGGAUGAGAUAGUUGACGCGGUUGAUGUAAAGGCAAAGAGUGAGACAAGUGAAGUAAGUGAGGCAAGUGAAAUAAGAGCAAGAAGUAACGUGAGUGAUGUGAGUGAAGAGAGCUCCUCGUUGCAAAGGUGGUCGGAUCCAGGGCCAUCUGAGCAACCUCUUCCAAUCUAUCACCGUCCCAUUCCACCUGUUAAUGGCCAAGAAAGGAAACCAUCAAAGAUCAUUGCCGAUACAAAGGCGUGGUUGAUUGCUAAUGCUUCUUUUCACGAUUCCGUUCUGAAAACAGCUCAGAUUCCUAGGGAUGAAUCAUCUCAGGAAGUUGUACAGGGACCAGCCCAGUCCACUGUACAGAAGUCAAUUCGUGCUUGUAUCCUGAANAGGCGUGGUUGA